GGUAGUGUGUGUGUGUGUGUGUGUGUGUGUGGCGACUCUAACGACCAAAGUUUUCCACACUACAUGCUGCACUGCUGCAACGUGCCGUGAAGUAUCGAAAGGGAAGCAAGAGCUAUAUCUGUUUUAUUGUUUCCUGUUUAUGGCCUGCAGCGGAUGUUAGCAAAGAAAGAAGGGAGAGAGAGAGAGAGAGAGAGACAGAGAGAGAGAGAGAGAGAAGAGAUGCUCAUGGAGAAAGAAACAGCUUAAACAUGCCGAGAGAGAGAGAGGUUGAUCUAGAGACAGAGAGACACAGAGUGAGACACACACACACAUGGUGAGAUAGAUAUGUAGAGAGAGGGAGCGGGCGAGUGAGAUAAAGCCACAGAGAGACGCACGUGGAGAGGGAAAACGAAAGAGAAAUGAGGGUCGGUAAGAGACGAAAAAAACCCAGAGAGACACGAGAGAAAGAAUAUGAGAGAGAAUGAGAUGGAGAGAAAAAGAGAAAGAAGGUAGAGCGAGACAUGGAGAGAGACAGAAAGAGAGAGACCGACCCAUUGAGUGACACGCAUGGUGGGACAGAUAGAGACUGAGACAUACAUACUCAGAAGGGAUGAGGUGGAAGAAGAAAAAAAGUGAGAAACAAAAGAGACAGAGACACAGAGGGAGACACAUACACAUGAUGUUCGAUUCUCUUACUUUUGUCUGCUGGCUGUAAGAGGAGACACUGAGGAGAGACCAUGCCGGCUCCCCCGCCGCCCGCUCCCCCACCACCCCCGACCCUGUCUCUGGCCAACACGGAGAAGCCCGUCCUGAACAGGUCCGAGCAGCAGGGCAGGAACGCGCUCCUGACCGACAUCAACAAAGGAGCCCGACUCAAAAAGACUGUAACUAACGACCGCAGUGCGCCUGUUCUCGACAAGCCCAAAGGAGGUGGAGGAGGAGGAGGAGGUGGAGGAGGAGGGGGCGGGUUUGGGGGCGGGGCUUCAGGAGGCCUUGGAGGACUGUUUCAAGAUGGAAUGCCAAAGUUGCGGUCUGCUAGGGAUGACACUGGUGGCGUACGACCCCCCAUUCUCCCUCCUGGAGCCCGGAGUUCCGGUCCGCGGCCGUUCGCGGGUGGUGCUAGCUCCACCCCACGUUUCUCCGUGCAACGCAACGGUCCUUCUGACUCACCCCGCCCUCGGAUGACUCCUCCACGCUCCGAUGGUCCGCCUCCACCCGUUCCGAACACUCCGCGCCCCAAUCAGAGCAGCUUACAAAACAGAGGGCCUCCCCCUCUCCCUGGAGGACUCCGCCCUACGCCUACCCCGCAUUCUCCGAACCCUUCUGGCAGGCAGAUGGCUCCACCACCUGUUCCAGGCGGACGUCCCUUCUCCGGUUCCUCAGGCCCGCCCCCUGUGCCUCAUUCCAACCGCCCUCCUCUUCCUCCAGCUCCUGGUCGAGGGGAGGACCGCCCCCCUCCUGUUCCCCCUGGAAACCGCCCAUCCAUGGCCCUCCAGCGGGACAGCCCGCCUCCUCCUCCACCUUCCGCUAACAGCAAGCCACCUCCACCUUCUUCUUCUUCAUUCCGGGUCCCUGCAAGCUCUGCUCCUCCGCUGCCACCAGGACGACCAAAACCCAAUGACGAGAACAUGCCUCGGCUUCCUCAAAGGCACAUGUCACUCACUCCUCAUGGCCCGUCUCCUCCUACACCUGGCAGGUCGGGUCCACUUCCUCCACCUCCCUCCGAGAGACCGCCCCCUUUGGGUCGGAGUCCGUCCGGGCGAAGCGGUCCCCUCCCACCUCCACCGCCUGCUGGACGACCAGGAAGCGGAAGCGUGAGGUCCCCUGCGGCCCCGCCUCCUCCGAACAGAGUGGGCUCAGAGCCUCCUCGUGCAGGCAGCAGACCGCCCCUACCGCCAGACCGACCCUCUUCCGGAGGACCGCCCCCUCCGCCUCCUCCAAUGGGCAACGGCUACCACAGUCAGGGUGCAGAUGAGUGGGAAGCGCGCUUCAGUUUCCGACCGGUGUCGGAUUUCCCGCCUCCUGACCCGUACAUGCCCUUUCAGAAAACGUAUCCCAGCAGACUGUCCAGAAGUGACGGCAGAAGUUCGAUGAAAAAGGAGCGCGGUGCUCCCCCGUUACCGCCCAUUCCCAGAUGAAGGAAGUGGACUGGACGCUCAGGGAACACCAUGACUCCUCCUCUUCUGUAUUUGCCGUUUGUUAUUAUUAUAAUUUUUUCCCUUAAACAUUAUUUUUGCAUGUGAGGCACUUCCUUGCUGUUUUUUUGUUUUGUUUUUUUUGUAUUGUUUGUUUGUUUCCUUUUUUUGAACAUACUACGCUAUACGUUUACGUACGGCGAGGUCACGUUAGUGUCGGCGCUCCCGCCGGAGUUUUAUGCAAUUGUACACUCGUUGUUUUUGUUGUUGUUGAUAAAACACCAUGCAGUGCCUGAUCUGUUCACAUUGCUGGGCCAAUGUGUGAGGUUUUUUUGUGGGUACUUGUAGCUCAUAGUUUCACACACACACCUACUACACCAUGUAACAAACGAAUGAUCUGACAGGGCCGGAAACGGGCUCCGCUGCUUUAAAAAAACGUCUACCAUAAAUAUAUGCCCUUAUAUACCUAAUCUACUUUAUUAUUCUGUCUGUUUUAGCGUUUACUCUCUUACUUCCCAUGUUUAUUAAAUUUGUUCAUCAGGAUCAGGUUUGAUUGGUGGAAACGUUCGAGAUGUUAUAUAUGUUAUAUGUAUGUAUUGUUGAUGGAGAUAUACUUCUAUAGAUUUCUAUAUACACAAGGCUCCAAUGAUUAGCACAAGCUCUACAAUGCUAAAGUUCUUUUCCUUUAUUGGUUAUUGUUAUUUGACUCUUAAAGGAAUAAUGCAGCAUCUUUCCAACCUAAUCUGUCUCGUAAACCAUCAAACCUGUAGAACAUGUGGGAUUAUUCAAAUGUAUUAUUAUUAUUAUUAUUAUUAUAUAUAAUACUUAUAAUCCAAGUCUAAGGGCAGAUGUUUGGAAUUUGGUCAGUAAGAAUUUAUGGUAAACAUCAUGGUUUAACAAAACUCCAACUUUGACACUAUAAAUGAUGCACUGGGAUGAAACAGAACCAGUACCGCUGUCUCCUAUGGAGUUAUGUAGUUUUAAACAUUAAUGAAAUACAACUUAAUUUCAUCAUAAUUUAUGUCUUGUUUUAUUUCAGAAGAUUUGGGUUUUUUUUGUAAAAUAAAUAAAUAAAUACAGUUGUUUACUUUAAAAAGUAACUUAAAAAACAAACAAACAUAAAAAAAAAACACUCAAAAAUUAUUCUGUGAUUCUGUUUUUUUUUUUUUACUUUGAUAGUUAAUUAAAAAAAGUUCUACAAAAUGUUAAAAUACUGCCUUUAGACUUGCAUUAUUUACAACUUUAAAGGAAACUGAUUUUUUUUUUUUGUGGUCCAUUUCUUUGCGUUUUUUUUUGUUUACAUUUUUAUUUUGAUGAUUUUUUUCGGUUGUUUUAUUUUUUGUUUUGUUGUUGUUGUUUUUUAAAAUAUUGUCUUUUGUAAUUAUGCCCAAGCUAUCAUUUAUGAUCGAUAGAGACGGGUUUGAAAAUCUCUCGAUUACUCCUUUAAUCCCUGCAUCCGUUUUGUUUCUCGCUGAUGAGGCAGGAGUUGGAAAUCAGGUGUGCACUUACUGCCUUGUCUGAUUACAGAAACACGCCAUACGAUACUCUGUGCGAGUCUUUAUUAUAUUAUAUUAUAUUAUAUUUGGUAAUUUGAUAUAAUGAAGGAUGUGCCUUAUUAAGAUCAUCGCGUCUACAUGUAUAAGGAAAUUUGUCCAAAAGAAACAAAGAAGACCACAGAGUGCCUAAAACAAGUUUAUUUUUAGUGCAAUCCUUCAUUUUUUUUGCUCCAUGUUCAUUUCUGUACGUUCAGUAUUAUUCUGACUUGUACAAAUAACAAUGUGUUUAAGAAGUGCAAAUUUAUUUUGUAUGCACGUAUCAUAUCCAUAGACUGAACCAUGCACUUAGUGCAGUAUGUACUGAUAAGCAAAGGCCAUUUUACGUCAACACGUCACCUCUUGCCGCGGAAUCUGAUUAAGGAAAUAAGCUUACAUGUGUCGUGCGUUAGCUUUGUUAAGGCUUAUGAUUUUCAUGCACUUGUUUACAAGCCAUUUCUGUGGCACGAGCUUUCACUGAAGGAUGAGACGAGAGUGAGCUACUUCCUCGGAAUAUGCAAAAGAGAGUGUGAACCUGAAUCUUGUAAUAAUAUUGAAUAUUGUCAGGCCCUGCGGUCUCCUCUGUCUAGAAUCUACAUGGGUUUUGUGGGAUUUUUUUUUUCUGUAAUUAUGAAACUUGUAUAUAUUUGCACAAACGCUUGUCACACAAAGUCAUGAAGCAAAGACCAAAAAUCAAACCGAUCCUCUGGAUGGAAGCGUCCAAUUCUAAAAAGAUGAAGGUUUAUGAAGUUAUUGUAAAAGGGCAGGAUUACAGUUUCUGCCCGAGUACGUUUUUGCACCCGUGCCUGUCAGCGAUGCCUCGAUGAUGUCACUGUGACCGAGGCUCAUGCAGCGGUACUUAGAGACUGUUCUUCGUUUUUUUUUCUUCUUCUUCCCCAUUGUUUUAUGUGUGCUGUUCAUUUUCUUGGAUUUGUUACAGCUUGUGCCUUUGUUUUUUUUGUGUGUAUGUGUGUGUUUGAAAAUGAAGUCAUGUUUAAAAGUUUAAGGUUUUCUAAAUAAAUGGACAUCAAACUUU